AUGGCGAAGAAAAAGAAGAGCCAGUCUAAGAAGUCGAAGCCGGCGAAGAAGCCGGUGGAAACGUCUGCCUCUAAUCCAGAACAACAGCCUCAAUCUCUUCCGGAUGUGGCAUCAUCAGCUCAAGAGCAAUCUGGAGGUCUCGCACAAAACACGACUGCGACCAACGAGCAAACUGAACAGUCCCCAAGCUCACCCUUGGAAAUCACAAGAAACAAGCACUGGCGUUAUAUCUCGGCUUUCCAUGGCCCGUGGCUUCAGAUGCCUACUGAAAGCCUUGAUGACCUUGCUCAUACCAACUAUUCAUCCAACCCUCCACGUCCAAUCGACGCGGCUGUCUUUUAUAAUAUUAUUAAAAUUAAAUCACUGGUCGAGGAGGCUACCAGUCUUGCACACCGAGCAAUGACUGGUGAUGGCAUUGCCGCACAGGGCAACAAAAAAGUAUUUGGAGGCAGCCAUAUGAAAAUUAGUCGAGAACGUCAACGUCGAAUGCGUGAGCUUGCCAUUCAAAAGCUGGCCCAAGCUUAUUGCAUCGAUGAGAUUGCAGCAACUGUUGUUGCAAUGCAGCAUGCUUCGAUCCUGGAUGGCCUGGCUGACCUGGUCUUGCAGCGUAACAACAACUACCUUGACGCCAAGUAUGUGCACUUUUUUCAUGAGAAGAUCCCAUCUCGGUUGUUCGAUGAGAAUACCAAUUUGGUGGCCUUGGACGAACUCGUUGCGCAACGCCCAGGCGAGUUAGGGCAUCUCCGCACUAGGGCGGUCACCAAAAUGUUCAAACACGAUCUACAUGGGGCGGCAAGAGAUCUCACCGAUGGGAUAAACAUCUUGAAAUUCAGAAAGACUCACCAGCGGCCUACUACUGGCUCCGCACACUCAGCCCAAUCUCGGUUUCACCAUGCUCCACAUAAGAAGAUUGGAGAGGACGAACAGCCUUCUAGCAUGGAAAACCAAUUUCUCUUUCACCGCGCCAGUGUCUAUCUUGCCAUUGCAGUUCAAAACGUCAGGGAGGCAACUAUUGUGAGGGGGCAAUGUUAUGAAGAAUUCAUGUUUGGCGGGAAGCCUGAAGGCGUAAAUGCAGAUGAUGAUAUCGACAGCGAAGAAGCUUUCCAGAAGCGAUGGGAAGCAUGCAAGGCAGUCAAGGCCUAUGCCAGACGCGCUUUGAGAGAUUACUUGAGCUUUCUGUCCAACUUUAAUUACAUGUUGGGGAUUACUUCAGCUGUCAGAGACAAGUUGUUCCUCCAGGUUGGCAAGGCUAUGCAAAGCAAACCAGAGGAGAGGGAUCCGUAUGUGGAUAAUCUGCUGAAGGACAUGAAGUUGCCGAAAAUCCCAGAGGCUUCAAAGUCAUCUGAGCAACAUGCAUCUGGCAAUGGAGAGGAUGAGCAAAACAUCUUGGCUCCUACGCUUCCGAAUCUGGAUGAUAACGGGUUUGACUGGACCCCGGUUGCGGUCAACAAGAUCUCAAAUUUGUUAUCUCUAAAUCCUCUCUUUCAGUUUCCGCCAGGCGUAACCGACGGAAUGAGCGAAACCGCUUCUAAGAAAAUCCACCUUUGCAGAGACGAGUAUUUGCUGGACGACCUCCACAGCAUUGAAGCAGUCACGUAUCACCCUCUCCUCCCUGAAGCCCUGCAUUCAGUUCUACUCUGCCAUGCGCUUUUGCAGACACCUAUUAAAGAAAUCCGCCGUUAUGCACACAACGUGGCUGAGCUUAUUCGUGUUUGCGAGGGAUAUCCACUCUUUCUCUCAGCGCGCUCGCCCAGUCGCGCAGACUGGAUGGAACUACUUAAACUCAGCGAUAAUUGGAUCGAAUUGGAGCAUUCCUGGAAAGUGCUGUGUGCGCUGAGACCAGCAUCAGAUGAUCACCCAUUCCGUAGAACUUACGAAGGGGCUCAUAUUUCAGCCGGUUUGUCGCGUGAAGCGCCAAAUGUCACCGCGCUCAUAUAUCGCCAGGCAGCUAGACGCGAAGCUAUCAUCGCUUCCUUUGGUGCCAGGGGAAUUGAAGACGCCGAAACGCUUCUGGAUUAUGUGCGUAACAAGGAACUAGAUAUCUUCGAGUACUUUGUUCGUCGUGCCAAUCAAGUCAAUGCAUCUUCCCCAGAGCCGCAAGAAGAAGACGAUUGGGUUCCAGACGAACCUGAGAAAAGAGACUCUUGUUUCGACGGUGAACGUGGCGCGGUCAUUGCUUGCUGGGUCAGCCAUGCUCCUGAUCCGCAAGCUUUGGAUGAGGCUUCUCGUAUCGACAGAGCGGCCAAGAGGCAGACCAAGGGAAAGGGUUUGGCACGAGGUGCUCGCCCUCCACAGAAAGGCAGAAGCAGUCUUCAUCCUGGACAAGGUGUCGGCGGCUCUAGUGCAUCGGCCCAGCCCAAGCCCAAGCGCAAGGACAAGGAGGCCAAUCCUCCGAGUUAUGCCGAAGCUGCCGCUGGCAUUCGGAAAAAUCUUGAGGGGUUGAACUUGAACGGAAAUUGA